AUGACAUACGUAGUGGACUACGCCGUUAUCCAAGCCGUUGGCCCUGACAGGGCAGCGUCGGAGUGGCUGUUGCGAUGUGGUGCCCUGGUGCGCUACCAAGGCUAUGAGAAAUGGCAGCAGGACUACAACGGUCUCCCAACGGGGCCCUUGGGGAAAUACAAGAUAGAAGCAAUUAAUGCCACUGACUCAUGCAUCAUGUACAGAGGAUUCGACUAUUUGGAUGGUCUUGAGCAUGUUACAGAAAUCAAGCUGCAGAAGUGUAUUUACAUACAGGACGAGUGUCUGCAGAGGCUCAGCGAGACCAAGAGUCUACAGAAGAGUCUCCUCCAGCUGAAGAUCAUUUCCUGUGGGAAUGUCACAGAUAAAGGCGUCAUUGCACUUCACAAGCUGAUGAACCUUGAAUAUUUGUAUCUGAGUGACCUUCCUGGAAUCAGAGAGAAAGAAACCACUGUUCGCGUCCUUCAGCAGGCACUGCCAAACCUAGAGGUGGAGCUGGAUUUAGAAUAAGCACAAUUGCAUGUAACUGGGGUGUCUUUGAUUUCAUAGUAUUUAUCAUCUGUUGCAUAAAUACAGUAGAUGCUACUGUAUUUCCAGGUAUGGAAAUAAGCCCAGAUCUCCCAAUCCAGCCUUAAAAGCUGUAUGCAAUCUUUCAUGCAAU